CAUUACGCAGUGGAGUACUUUUUUUGACCUUUCGCAAUCUGGAUCUAGGGUUUCCUCCUUUUUUGAGACUCGUUCUCUGCCAUCAUCAAAAGAGAAAUUUUAGACACAAAAACCAAUCAAAAUACAAACCCUAGCUAGCACCAUCUUUCGCUUAUAUUGCUUGACUGGUAAAUCUGUCUAUCGAUCAAUCAAUCAAAAAGAGCAUAUCACUUAUCGAUAGAUCGUUGUUGUUUUUAGGGAUUGGAUUUGGAUCAUCUCAAUUUAUAGAUCUAUCUAUUUUCUUAAAAUCUGAGCAAACAAGAUCCAUAAAUUUGAUUUUUCUUUUGUUAUUUUCUCUCGGCCUCGUUUAAUUUCACAAAAACUGGAUCAAUCUAAUGGAUUUUGAUGAUAUUGAAAAGCUGAAAAUUUGAAGAUAAAUACCGGAGAUUUUGACUUUGAUGAUAGAAUUUUGGACGAUGUAUAAAUCGGCGGUUUAUAAGGGGGAGGAGUUGCUGGGAGAAGUAGAAAUAUAUCCACAGCAACACCAACAACAAGAAGAAGAGAACAACAAGAAGAAACUCAUUGAUGAAAUUUUGAUGGGGAAGGAAAUCAGAAUAAGCCACUUCUCUCAACCCAGUGAGAGGUGUCCUCCACUGGCAGUGCUACAUACCAUUACAUGUGGGAUGUGCUUCAAAAUGGAGUCCAAGAACUCGCUCUCUCUUGACACGCCGCUUCAUCUUUUGCACUCCUCCUGUAUCCAAGAAAACAAGACUGCGGUAGUGCCACUCGGAGGAGAAGAGCUCCAUUUGGUGGCAAUUUAUUCUAGAAAUAAUGAAAGGCAGUAUCCAUGCUUCUGGGGUUUCAAUGUCUCAGCAGGGCUUUACAAUUCUUGUCUGGUUAUGCUGAACCUCAGAUGUCUUGGCAUUGUGUUUGAUCUUGAUGAGACUCUCAUAGUUGCAAACACAAUGCGCUCAUUUGAAGAUAGAAUUGAGGCUUUGCAGCGGAAAAUAAACACUGAGGUGGACCCACAACGUAUUGCUGGUAUGCUAUCAGAGGUCAAGCGCUAUCAAGAUGACAAGACUAUUUUGAAGCAAUAUGUGGAAAAUGAUCAGGUUAUUGAAAAUGGAAGGGUGAUCAAAACCCAGUUCGAGGUUGUCCCAGCUUUGUCUGAUAACCAUCAAACCAUAGUGCGUCCAUUGAUACGAUUACAGGAGAGGAAUAUUAUUUUGACACGCAUCAACCCCCAGAUUCGUGAUACCAGUGUUCUUGUGAGGUUGAGACCUGCAUGGGAAGAUCUCAGGAGUUACUUGACUGCUAGAGGGCGCAAGCGUUUUGAGGUUUAUGUUUGUACAAUGGCUGAACGAGAUUAUGCUUUAGAAAUGUGGAGGCUUCUUGAUCCAGAGUCAAAUUUAAUAAGCUCAAAAGAAUUGUUGGACCGGAUUGUGUGUGUCAAGUCUGGUUUGAGGAAGUCAUUGUUCAAUGUUUUUCAAGAUGGAGUUUGCCAUCCUAAGAUGGCAUUGGUGAUUGAUGACCGUUUAAAAGUGUGGGAUGAGAAAGAUCAACCCCGGGUGCAUGUUGUUCCUGCAUUUGCUCCAUACUAUGCUCCACAAGCGGAAGCAAAUAAUGCUGUUCCUGUAUUAUGUGUUGCCAGAAAUGUUGCAUGCAAUGUUAGAGGUGGUUUUUUCAAAGAAUUUGAUGAGGGUCUUCUUCAAAGGAUACCUGAUAUUUCAUAUGAAGAUGAUUUUAAUGACAUUCCAUCUCCUCCUGAUGUGAGCAGUUAUUUAAUUUCAGAGGAUGAUGCUUCUACUUCAAAUGGACACAGAGAUCCACUUUCUUUUGAUGGAAUGGCGGAUGCUGAGGUCGAAAAACGACUAAAGGAAGCAAUUUCAGCUGCUUCACUGUUCCCUGCAACUGUCAACAACUUAGAUCCAAGGGUUAUUCCUGCUCUUCAGUAUUCACUGGCAUCUUCUUCGAGUUCGAUUCCUGUUUCAACAUCACAGCCAUUGGUGAUGCCUUUUUCAAACAUCCAGUUCCCUCAGGCAGCUUCAUUAGUUAAGCCAUUGGCUCAGGUUGGUCCUCCAGAGCCAAGCUUACAAAGUUCUCCUGCUAGAGAAGAGGGCGAGGUACCAGAAUCAGAAUUAGAUCCGGAUACAAGGAGGCGGCUUCUUAUAUUGCAACAUGGGCAAGAUACAAGAGAUAAUGUAUCAAGUGAAUCGCAGAUUCCUGUAAGACCAUCGAUGCAAGUUUCAGUUCCACGUGUGCAAUCUCGUGGAAGUUGGGUUCCAGUGGAAGAAGAAAUGAGCCCUAGGCAACUGAAUCUAACAGUACCAAGAGAAUUUCCUUUGGAAUUGGAACCAAUGCACAUUGAAAAGCAUCAACCUCAUCAUCCGUCCUUUUUCCCAAAGGUUGAGAAUCCCAUUUCAUCUGAUAGAAUGGGAAUGGUUAAUGAGAAUCUAAGAUUGCCAAAAGCGGCACCUUAUCGAGAUGAUCGAUUGAGGUCGAACCAUACAAUGGCAAAUUACCAUCCUCUCUCAGGGGAGGAAAUUCCAUUAAGUCGAUCAUCUUCCAGCAACAGGGAUCCUGAUUUUGAAUCUGAAAGAGCUGUCUCAAGUGCAGAAACUCCAGUCGAAGCAUUACAGGAAAUUGCGAUGAAGUGUGGAGCCAAGGUGGAAUUCAGGGCUUCAUUGGUUGAUAGCAGAGAUCUGCAGUUUUCCACUGAGGCUUGGUUUGCAGGAGAAAGAGUAGGUGAAGGAAUUGGUAAGACAAGAAGGGAAGCCCAACGUCUUGCAGCAGAGAGUUCUAUUAAGAAUUUGGCUAACAUAUAUAUGCAACGUGCUAAACCUGAUAAUGGGGCUAUGCAUGGGGAUGCAAGCAGAUAUUCUAGUGCAAAUGACAACGGUUAUCUGGGUAAUGUAAAUUCGUUUGGGAGUCAGCCACUACCCAAAGAUGAGCCUGUCUCAUCUUCUGCUGCCUCUGAACAAUUAAGGCUUCCGGAUCCAAGGCUGGACAGCUCUAAGAAAGCAGUGGGUUCUGUUACUGCACUCAAAGAAUUUUGCAUGAUGGAAGGCCUUGGAUUAAAUUUUCUCUCACCGACACCGCUCUCAUCUAAUUCAUUACAGAAAGAUGAAGUAUAUGCACAGGUUGAAAUAGAUGGACAGGUUAUGGGGAAGGGAAUUGGGUCAACAUGGGAUGAGGCUAAAAUGCAGGCAGCUGAAAGGGCCCUUGGAAGUCUACGAACAAUGUUUGGGCAAUUUACACCAAAACGUCAGGGUUCCCCAAGGCCGACGCAAGGGAUGUCAAAUAAACGUCUAAAGCCAGAGUUCCCACGAGGUCUGCAGCGGAUGCCUUCUUCUACCAGAUAUCCCAAGAAUGCUCCUCCUGUUCCUUGAAGACCAUGUACCUUUCUUGUUCCACUUUGAUAUAGAGGACUGCAGGCUAUUUAAUCUGGAACUAACAGUUGACUUUUAGCAAUUGAGACUUCUGCGUGAAAUGAAGCCAAGUCGAACUCCAACCUUACUGCAGAUUUUGCCUAGUGACUGCUUCCUACGAAGUUCAUAUCUGUGGAUUUCAAGUCACUUUCGUCUCACCUUGUUGAAUGCCGCAGUCGAAAUGCCUGUGAUAUGAUCAAUUUGAUGUGCCAAAGAAAGCCGGUGCUAUGUAUCCCCAAUUUUUUUGUGUGGUUGAUGCUGCAAGUGCCUUGUGAGGUUCAACUUGGUUCGGAUUGUUAAUAUUGUUCAUAGUUCUAAGCGGAAACAGAAAUGGAGGGGAUCAAGAGCAGCUUCUGGCUGGUCCUCAGGAUGUCUACAUAUACUGACCAUUGACGGUAUAAUUCUAUGCUAAUCAACCGGUUCCAUUCGGUGUUGUCCAUGUGACAAGGUGAAGCUGCAUACUGACUUUGACAUAGCAAAUGUAAUACAGUUUUUCAGUGGUUAAAUGGUUAAAAAAAAUUUUCAACUCCGUAGUUGUGGAUUGUUCGACUUCUAUCGUUGUGGAAGUCUGGUUUGUCACCCUUAAAUGGGAAAAUGCAAAAGCAAAAAACUCGGAAAACCAGAAAUACCUAGUUAUUUUACUUGAUAAAGAAGCGAGUUUAGUGUGUGAGUUGAA